CCAGGGUCUUUCUGACGCCUGGUUUUGAUGUCUCGAGGUUUAUGCAGUGUGUAAUCUUCCGGUUUUUCAAUACCGGAAGUGGUUUUCCGACUCCUUCUGACCUCUCUCCCUCUCCCUCUAAAUCCCCCCCUAAAUCCCUUUAUCUCCCUAAAUCCCUUUCUCUCUCUAAACGAGAGUGGUCUCUGGUUUAUUGAGCUCUUGUCGAGAGUGGUCCGAUAGCCAGAAGUCAAAUGCUCCUGGUUUUAGAAUUGUUUUGGAUUUUAAGCGUAUGAAUCGUUUUGGAAACUUGGAUCCAAGUCUCGGAGAUAUUUUAAUGGUAAUGGCAGGGAGGUUUUAGGGUUUCCAGAGCUGGUAAGUGUGGGAAAUAGCGGGUUUCUGAGCCUUUUGCUAUUUCUUCUAUUUGGAAGAGCUUUGACAGUGCAAAUGCUUGAUGAUCCGAUCAUUGCUAAAGAAUUCUACUGGAGUUUGUGAUGGCUUGAUCCUGUUCUCGUGAUUAAGCGAUUUCAGCUGAGGAAAGUGGUUUUUAGUGAAAAGCGGUUUUACGUGGUGUUUUGGGUGGUUUUAGCCUGGUAAAAGCGGUUUUCUAGGGAUUCCCUGGGGUUUCAUGUGUGGAAACGUUGAUUUUAAGGGUCGAAAGAGCUAGCGAAAAGAAAAAAAGGGAAAAGGUGCUUUGGAAGAGAGUGCAUAUCUGUUUAGAUUGGUCCGUUUGGGUUAGGGUUUUCAGAAGCAGCUUCUUUUGGGAUUUUCUAGAGUUUUCUGACUGCUUUACGACCAGAUCAAAAGCACCUGGUUUUUGGUGGCGAACUAGCUUUAUCAUUGGUAUUACAUUUGCGUUACUGAGGUUUUGGUUUAUCAGGCAUGUGGUAUCGUGAUCUAGACUUACUUUUGAUUCAGGGGGUUCAAUAAGGGAGGAACUGAAUUGGCUUUCAGUUAUUUGAGAGAGAUUAUUUUUCCUCUUUUGUUUGGAAGAUUACAGUUGUUUCGGAUGGGACUAUGACUUAUCUGGUUUUAAACACUUGCGAGUUUUUAAGUCAGAAGGUAUUGCAGUUGAUCUCAAUGUCUUGUUGAAACCCUUGAAGCGCAAUAGGUUUCGAACUGGGGUUUUCCUUAUGUGCAUUUGAGAUCAGGACUUGGAGCAUUUGGGAUCCAGGUUUGAUUGAUUAUUUUGUUGGGUUUUCAUAACAGCGUUGCUCUUGACUGGAGUUGGGGUUGCUUGAGGUUUAAAAGGAUUGGAAAUAGGGUUUCCCUUUUUGAUCUCUGUUUCUAGAAGGAGCCAAAUUAGGGCUCUCUGUCUUCUGCAGUGGUGAGAAGAAGAUAAUUGAAACUGGAAGGGACUGACUUUGUGAACCCCAUUGGUGUUUUCUUAAGUUGUAAGCAUCAUGACUUCUGGUACGAGGUUGCCUACUUGGAAGGAAAGAGAGAACAACAAGAGAAGGGAACGAAGGAGAAGAGCGAUAGCUGCAAAGAUAUAUGCGGGGCUUCGAAUGUAUGGAAACUACAAGCUUCCCAAACACUGCGACAACAAUGAGGUAUUGAAAGCCCUAUGUGCUGAAGCAGGGUGGACUGUUGAAGAAGAUGGAACUACAUAUAGAAAGGGGUGCAAGCCAGUGGAGCGCAUGGACAUAGUCGGUGGCUCGGCCUCCGCAAGCCCGUGCUCGUCCUACCACCCGAGCCCUGGCCCCUCCUACAAUCCCUCUCCUGCUUCCUCCUCCUUCCCAUCCCCUGCCUCCUCAUACACCGAUGGCUCCUCUCUCAUCCCAUGGCUCAAAAACCUUCCCUCCCCAUCAUCCCACAAGCUCCCCUCCCUAUACAUUCACGGCGGCUCCAUUAGUGCUCCUGUCACUCCUCCUCUGAGCUCCCCGACCUCUCGUGGGCCUCGGGUCAAAAGCGAUUGGGACUUCACCAAAAAUGGAGAAAACUCAGUUUCGUUCUUUCCCAAUUCUACCCCUCCAAGCCCUGGCCGCCAGGUCGCAAGCGAUUGGCUGUCGGGGAUUAGGCUUCCUGCUGGUGGGCCCAUGUCCCCGACGUUCAGCUUGGUAAGCCCGGCAAGUAGCAAUCCAUUUGGGGGUUUGUGGGCCCCAGCAGGGAGCGGUACAUGCUCACCUUGCAAUGUGGAGAGCGGCGAUGUAAGGAUGGUAGAGGCGUCGGAUGAGUUUGCAUUUGGGGUGGUGAAGCCAUGGCAGGGAGAGAAGAUUCAUGAUGAGUGCGGGUCUGAUGACUUGGAGCUGACCCUUGGGAGCUCGAGGACCAGGUGUGACUGACUGGUAUCGCCCUCACUCUCUUUUCAAUCUUGAUCUAUUUCCCAUCACUUUUUCUUUUUUUGAUGUUUUUCCUUUUAUUUGGGGUCUCUUCAAGUGUAUUUUCAGGGGUGUUUUGUUUGUCUCCUGCUGUGAUGAUUGAAAUAUGUUUGAGGGGAUGAUAAUUAUUUAAUAGUUGAUAUUGUGAAUUUUUAUGAAAA